ACUUACGGCAUCGGCUCGUUUGCACGCAAAAAUCACAGUAAAAAAAACGCGAAUUUCUCGUUGAAUAGUGCAUAAAAGAGUGUUGCGGUACAUCAAGUGUCGGAUUUGAGGUGUCCUCGGCAUGUAUGUGUGUGCGUUUCGUGCAUGGAUGCGUUAAAACAGGGGAUUUUAGGUCUAAGUAACCAGCUGAUGGCGGGUGAAAAUACAGGACUCGCUUGGCAGUUUCCCGAUCUCGUCAGUGUAGAAAAGUCCUCGUCUCAGUUUUCCGUCUAGUGUUUUCUCCGAUCGAAGCGCGUUUCCGAUCGUCGUCCCGUGGAAAGCUCGCGUGAAAAGGCCCGAAUCGGAAAAUCGUCUCCAUUGGGCGUGCACUCACACCUUGUCAUCGAUAGUCUCGACCGAAACCGGUGCAUAUGAUGCGUUUGAAGGGUGCUGGUGCCGAGGUUUGACGUGUCCAGGUGGUGAGAUGUUCGUGUAAUAGUGCCCGAAGCGAGACUUGGCCGCCACCAUGUCGACGACGGCGUUUGUCGAUCGGAUCGAUCCCUUCGCCAAGCGCUCCCUCAAGAAGAAGACGAAGAAGUCGCAGGGUAGCUCCAGGUACCGGAACUCGCAGGACGUCGAGCUGCAGCCGCUGCCGCUCCUCAAAGAUGUCCCGGCAUCCGAGCAGGAGGAGUUGUUUAUUCGCAAACUUAGACAAUGUUGUGUGCCAUUCGACUUUAUGGAUCCCGUGGCGGACCUGAAAGGGAAAGAAGUGAAACGUUGUACCCUGAACGAAUUAGUGGAUUAUAUAACUGGUGGUCGGGGGGUUUUAACCGAACCUGUCUACCCUGAAAUUAUUAAAAUGAUUUCGGCCAAUCUUUUUCGAACACUGCCUCCCAGCGAAAAUCCCGACUUCGACCCAGAAGAGGAUGACCCCACGCUGGAAGCCAGUUGGCCGCACCUCCAGCUAGUGUACGAGUUCUUUCUAAGGUUCUUGGAAAGCUCGGAUUUCCAACCGGCCAUAGGAAAACGUGUGAUCGAUCAAAAGUUUGUUCUGCAAUUAUUAGAAUUAUUCGAUUCCGAAGACCCCCGGGAAAGGGAUUUUCUCAAGACGGUGCUCCACCGCAUAUACGGAAAGUUCCUUGGGCUAAGGGCCUUCAUCCGCAAACAAAUAAACAACAUAUUCCUUAGGUUCGUGUAUGAGACUGAACAUUUUAACGGGGUAGGUGAACUGUUGGAGAUCUUGGGGUCGAUCAUAAACGGGUUUGCGUUACCUUUGAAAGCCGAACAUAAACAGUUCCUGGUGAAGGUGCUCAUUCCUUUGCACAAGGUCAAGUGCCUGUCGCUGUACCAUGCGCAGCUUGCCUACUGCGUGGUCCAGUUUCUGGAAAAGGAUCCGACGCUUACGGAACCCGUCGUUAGAGGUCUCCUCAAGUACUGGCCAAAAACGUGUAGUCAAAAAGAAGUAAUGUUCCUCGGCGAAAUCGAGGAAGUGCUGGAUGUUAUCGAACCAUCACAGUUUACACGAAUCCAGGAGCCACUGUUUAGGCAAAUAGCGAGAUGUGUUUCCAGUCCACACUUUCAGGUGGCAGAGCGGGCUCUGUAUUUCUGGAACAACGAGUACAUAAUGUCACUGAUGGAAGAAAACAAUCAUGUUAUAAUGCCAAUAAUGUUCCCUGCAUUAUAUCGUAUUUCCAAAGAACAUUGGAACCAGACCAUAGUCGCGCUCGUCUACAACGUGCUCAAGACUUUCAUGGAGAUGAAUUCCAAGUUAUUCGAUGAACUCACGGUUAGUUAUAAGGCGGAGCGGCAGAAAGAGAAGAAGCGCGAAAAAGAGAGAGACGAAUUAUGGAAAAAAUUAGCAGAACUUGAACUUAAUCACAACAAAAAUGUACCCGCACAAAAUAAUAGCCCUCCCAGCAAAAAGUGAUACAACAGCCUAACGUUCCCCGCCCAUUCAUAGCUGUAUGUUGGUAAGUUAGUUGAGAGUUCGGCCAUUGGAGCAUGCUUCGAACACCAAAAUGUCAGUUUUUGAAACUCACCGUUGUCACAUAACGACUAUAGAAUUAAAUUUUCGUCUGUAACAUUUUUAUUAAUAGAACUAGUCUGUUUCUGUGAAUUAUAUUUUUCUUUUUAAUUGUAAUUUUAUUGUAUUAAGAGACUCGAUUGUUUGCUUGUUUACCUUCUCGUCAGUCGUUAAUUCAGUGGUCGUAAAUCGUACAAGAUAUGCCAAAAUAGAUGCAUAGUUUCAAGGACUGAUUAAUUUUCGUAGAUACGUUUACUUCCACUGAACAAUAUACUCAAUUAUGUUAUUUAAUGAUGUAAUCGGAAACUGUGGAUCAUUGACGAUUUUAAUUGUUUUUGGUGUAGUGGCAUAUUUCAAUGUGAAAGGUGCCGACGCAUAAGGAAAGAAGAGUGUUGCAUCAUAAAGUUGGAGUGUACAUUUUAAAUUAUUGUGAAUGUCUACUACUAACAGUCUAUCUAUGGUGUUUUGUAGCUGUGAACAGCAGAACUAUGUUAAUAAUGUGCUAUAGUAUAACUGGUCAACUGUAAAUAGCUAAGCAAAUGUGGUUAUGGUUUGUGUUUGGACUGUGGUUGGUUGUUUCGGUGGUUUACACUUUUACUCCUACUUGUUUAUAUACUUUAAGGAUACUUUUAUGAUUUUUUUAAUAAACUGUAACUUUUUAUUUUCUAUUUUGUUUUUUGUUGUGAACUUUCGUUUGCGAAAUAGGUGCCAAAGUUAUUUCCAAACCAAAAAUCGUUAAAUUAAAUUUCCCGUAAGCGCUUCAAAGUGCACCCUCCGCUUUCGAUGUUCAAACAAUAACCCAAAUAACUUUGGACUUAUUCAUAAGUAAAUGUGCUUCUUAAAGUUGUAAAAGGACCUAAAGAGUACAAUAGUAUGUUAAAAUUGACAGGCCUUUAUAACUAUAGAAACUUUUUUAUGUCUGUCAACUGACACGUUUUUACAUUGACUUUUAAGAUCCUGGUGUACCAUCCAGUGUACAAAAAUCGACCAAACUUUUCACUAGUACAUGUGAUUGUGAUCUAUCCUAGCGGUUGUAGGAUUUUCCAGUGAUUAUGCUCCAUACGAUUAAUUUUAGGUUAAAAGCGAAGUGUUUGACUCUCAGUGAGUUGUUAAAUUGUUAAGUUUGAUAAUAGAACUGAGAUGUUUAAAAUUGUGUGACGCGUGUUAGUCCCAAUCUAUCUUCAAACACAAUUUUAACCACAGUUAUUUUGUAUGUGCUAAAUUGCACGAGUUGUGUGCCAGGGCGAGUGAAUGACGAUGUAAUAUUAAUGUACAGAUGGCUGUAUAACUUGUAGCAUACUUUGUAAGCUAAUAUAAAUUAUCUAAUUACUUAGAUUAAGUAUAGUCGUUACUCAUCUUAAGUAGACUCUUUUUAUAUUAAUUUCACGGAUUGUUGUAUAGUGCAAUUAUUUUUUAACAAAUUCACGUUGUUUUCCCUUUGUUUUAUUUUUACUAUUUAUUGUUUUGGAAGUAUUGCGAAUAAGAGAAGCAUAAGCAGGAUAUUGGAGAGGUCUGACGCAGCAGCUUGACGGCGCCAACACUUGCGACUUUCUUAUUUUAAGCAGCUACAAUAGGUGACAUAGGCAUUGUAUGUUGACUUUACAAAUUAUACAGCCAAGAUUUUCUAUAACAUGGUGCCACUUCACAAGAAACUUUUUUAGAAGCACUGUUAUGUUCACUUAGAGAAAGCUUUAUAUAAGGAACUAUAGCAAGUUGUGUUUUAGAUAGAAAAUUAAGAACGUACGUUCUAAUUAAGUUGUGCAUGACGAGCUCAAUUUCUAGUUACAACCUGGAAAUGUUAUAUUCGUAGAGCUAUUCAUCCCGACAAUGUUUUAUGUCGUUAUAUUAUCGACGGGACAUUGAUAUUUUUUUCUAGUGAGUUUAUAUGUACUUGAGGGUUAUCCCAGACCUCGAACUUUCGUUGUAACGUCAUUAGCUAUUUUAUAUUGUAGACAUACAUGUAAGUUGAUUUUGUGAUGCAAAGUGUGAUAAAAUAAAUUCCAAGUUGUGUGACACUGUUGAGUAGCUCUAUGAAUACUUAUGCAUAAACUUCGCUGCUGUAUGAAGAAUUAGGGCCACACUAUUAAGCCCUUCCCUCAUUAGAAUAAAGUAUGUAAUAUAUAACUAAAUCACUAUAAAUCUUGUAGAUAUAUGAGAAAUAUAUUGUUAAAUUUC